AUGGCAGCCCGCUUAAGGGGACGGCGAGACCAGCAGCUGGCCGCGGAUUCUACUUCCUCUCAGGCAUUCCCUCUCCGGAUCGGAGGAAAUGGCCAACUACAAUACUGGCCGUUCUCCUCCUCCGACCUAUAUAACUGGAAAAAUAACAAUCCCUCUUUUUCUGAAGACCCAGUUAGGCUGACUGCUCUAAUUGAGUCGGUCCUGAUUACUCAUCAGCCCACCUGGGAUGAUUGCCAACAAUUACUGCAGACUUUGCUGACUUCGGAGGAGAAGCAGAGAGUCCUCCUGGAGGCUCGAAAGGCGGUUCGGGGAACAGACGGACGUCCCACCCAGCUGCCUAAUGAAAUAGAUGCCGCUUUUCCCCUCGAACGUCCCAACUGGGACUUCACCACCCAGGAAGGUAGGAAUCACCUAAUUCUCUAUCGCCAGUUGCUCAUAGCGGGUCUCCAUGGGGCAGGCCGACGCCCCACCAACCUGGCUAAAGUUAAACAGGUAUUGCAGGGACCAGGAGAAACUCCCUCAGCGUUCUUAGAGCGACUCAAAGAAGCCUAUCGUAGAUACACCCCUUAUGACCCAGAAGAUCCAGGGCAAGAAACUAGCGUAGCUAUGUCUUUCAUUUGGCAAUCUGCUCCGGAUAUCAAACGCAGACUCGAGCGCCUAGAAAACUUAAGGGAGAGUUCGCUCAGGGACCUACUAAAGGAGGCAGAAAGAAUUUACAAUAAGAGAGAGACUCCAGAAGAAAGGGAGGACCGUCUUAGAAAGGAGGCAGAGGAAAGAGAGGACCGUCGCAGAAAAGAAGCUGAGGAAAAGGAAAAAGAAAGGGACCGUAAGAGACAUAAAGAGAUGAGCAAACUCUUGGCCACCGUAGUUUCCAGUCAAAGACAGGGUAGACAGGAGGGAGACCGGAGGGGGCCCCAGGUGGAGAAGGACCAAUGCGCGUACUGUAAGGAAAAAGGACACUGGGUUAAAGACUGCCCCAAAAGACCGAAGGGGCCCCGAAAGCCACGACCCCAGACCUCCCUCCUAACCUUGGAAGACUAG